CCCGAGUACCCGAUAGAAUCCAAUUAGAGACCCAUUUUUUCUCUCUCUUUCUCUCUUCUUGGCUUCCCCUUUCAGAAACCCUAAAUCUCAAUCCAACUCCAACUUUCAGAACUCCAAAAAUGGUGGUCAAAGCUCAAGCCACCUUUGCUCUAGGGUUCGUUCAGAGAGCAAUAGAUUUGGCCCAAUCUUCGCCUCCCUCUUGGCAAUCCGCUCUCCUCUGCAAUCUCGCGAUCUUCGUUGUGGGUUCUCCGCUUCUCGUAUCUGGGUUGUCUCUCUCCGGCAUUGGGAUCGCUUUCUUGCUUGGCACUCUCACAUGGCGCGCUUUUGGGCUCUCUGGGUUUCUUCUCGUCGCCACCUAUUUUUGUCAUUGGAACGGCGGCGACAAAUGUGAAAAUGGCUCAAAAGGAGGCUUAAGGGAUUGCUGACAAAAAUAAAGGAAGAAGAGGACCAGGAAGCCAAGAAGAGAGAAAGAGAGACAAAAAAUGGUUCUCUAAUUGGAUUCUAUCCGGUAUCAG